AUGACAGAAGAUAAAGUCAAAGUUAUUAAUAAUAAUUAUAAGCAAGUGGCCGUGGAUAGUGGUUCCUUACGUCCUCUUGAUUUAAAGUCAACAAAUCUGGCGGCUGCUUGGAAAAUUUGGAAAAAGCAAUUUAAAAUAUUUCUAGCCGCAAGUGAUCUUCUCAGUGACUCAGACUUCAGAAAAAAUUCAUUACUUCUUCACCACAUAGGACCUGAAUCUUUUGAAAUCUUUGAUUCUUUCGAUGUGGAUGAGGAAACUAUAAAGCAUGCCGAUUUAAUUACAAAAUUUGAUGCAUAUUUCCUUCCAAAAUGUAAUGUUAUCAUGGAACGGUUUAAUUUUUUCUCGCGACGUCAAAGUACAUCUGAGUCGAUUGAUGAAUUCUUAAUGGCACUUAAAAAUCUAAGCAAAACAUGUAAUUUUGGCACUCUUAAAGAUGAAUUGGUUAGGGACUUAUUUAUUUGUGGUCUAAACCAAAGUCAUCAAUUUAUUCGCGAAAAAUUAUUAAAUGAAUCAUCAAAAAAUCUCGAAGAAAUAAUCCAAAUUGCUAAAUCUCUGGAAAUAGCAAAGCAGCAGUCUAAAGAAUUUAUUCAUGGAAGUAAUGGAGAAGACAACAGCAAAGUAGAGUUUAUUGGCAGCAUUCGAGAAAGAGAGAGACAACAGCAAUGGAGCAACCAAGGAAAAAGAAACAACAACUUCCGCAAAACCAAAAAUCAAAUUCAGCAUGAGCCUAGCGGGUCAAAUAAUAAUCAACUAAAUACAUGCGGAAGAUGUGGCCAACGGCAUUUUUACAAUAAAUGCCCUGCAUGGGGAGUUACAUGUCAGCAGUGCAGGGGAAAGAAUCACUAUGCGAAAAUGUGCAACACAAAUAAAAUUAAGAAAACAAUCGGUAACAUAGAAGCAGAAGGGGAAUCAGCUACACAAUCAUCUGAAGAAGACCUUUUUAUAGGAAAAAUAAUGAGUUCAACAUACACCAAGGCAUGGAAUGUAGACAUUGACAUCAACAAUCAAGUGGUGGUGGCUCAAGUAGAUACCGGAGCAGAGGGAAACAUAAUGUCAAUAAAGAAAUUUGAAAUGUUAAAUUUGGACAAAAACUUGAUUAAAGAAACUAAUACUAAUUUGUUAACCUUUUCGGGAGAAAAAUUAAGAGUUAAAGGAAAAUGUAAAUUAUAUUGUCUUUUUAAGAACAAUGGUAUUUAUCUUGAUUUUUAUAUACUUGAAAUGAAUUGUAAAACUGUAAUAGGUUUAGAUACUUCUAUUAAAUUGAAUUUGGUGAAAAAUAUUAAUAUUGUACGUGGUGCUAAAAAUCAAGGAAUAAAAGGUUCAAAUAUGCUUUUGGAAAAAUAUAAAGAAGCUUUUAAUGGGCUGGGCUGUCUUAAAAACAAGUGUAAAUUGGUUUUAAAAGAAAAUGUUUUACCGGUAGUGGAACCACCACGAAAAAUACCAUUUGAUUUACAAAAGGAACUAAAAACUGAGCUUAAACGAAUGGAAAAUUUAGGGGUGAUAGUGCAAGAAAAUCAACCAACAAAGUGGGUGAACUCAAUUGUGUUAGUUAGAAAGGCUAAUGGAAACCUGAGGGUUUGUUUGGAUCCUAGACACUUGAACAAGGUAAUAAUGCGUCCCCAUUUUCCUUUUUCAGAUAUUGAUGAGGUAAAAUCUCGCCUUUCAAAUGCAAAAUAUUUCAGUAGUUUGGAUGCUAAUAGCGGCUUUUGGAUGAUACCCUUGGAAGAAGAAUCAUCUAAGCUAUGUACAUUUAAUACACCUUUUGGUAGAUACAGGUUUAUUAGAUUACCAUUUGGAGUCAAUGCGGCUCCUGAAAUAUUUCAUGCAGAAAUGAUAAAGCAUUUUUCUCACAUACCAAAUGUUGUAAUUUAUAUAGACGAUUUUUUAAUAUACGGUGCCACGCAAGAGGAGCACGAUAAAUAUUUGAAUAUGGUUCUCAAAAAAGCUCAGGAAAUAGGUCUAAAAUUUAAUCGAGAGAAGUCUUGUAUAGGAGUUAAAGAGAUAAAAUACAUUGGUCAUAUUUUCAAUGAAUUUGGGGUCCGACCCGAUGAAAGUAAAAUAGAAGCUAUUAUGAAAAUGCCUCGUCCUAGUUGUGUUAAAGACCUUCAACGAUUUUUAGGUAUGGUUAAUUAUCUGGGCUCAUUUAUUAAAGAGCUAGCAAUUGAAAAUGAGCAUUUAAGGCAGUUGCUUAAAAAAGAAGUUGAGUGGCAUUGGGAAGAAAGGCAUGAAAAUGAGUUUCUAAAUCUUAAGCUCCUAAUAUCAAAAGCUCCUGUUUUAGCUUACUUUGACAAUGGUAAGGCAAUAAAACUUUCUGUUGAUGCUUCUCAAUCAGCUGUGGGAGCUGUCAUACAGCAGGCAAAUAAACCCAUUGCUUAUGCAUCAGCCACCUUAACGUUAAGCCAAAGAAAUUAUGCGCAAAUCGAAAAAGAAUUGUUCGCCAUUCUUUUUGGCUGCAAUCGCUUUCACAAAUUUUUGUUUGGAAGAGAAGUUCUGGUUGAAACAGACCAUAAGCCUCUUAUACCAUUGUUUGAAAAACCUUUGUAUAAGGUGCCUACGCGACUUCAAAGAAUGAUGCUGAAAUUACAAGCUUACAAUCUAAAAGUAAUUUAUAAGCCAGGAAAAGAUAUGGUCAUUGCUGAUACUUUGUCAAGGGCAGCCUUAUUAGAAGAAGCAUUACCUCAAUUAGAAAAUGAAAUGGAAAUACAUUGCAAUCUCGUGUCGUCAAGCUUGCCAGUCAGUGAUGAAAAACUAGAUCAAAUUCGUAAAGAAACAUUAGUAGAUGAAAUCUUAGUUAAGCUUAAACAAUAUUAUAGGCAAGGGUGGCCAGAGAUAAAAAAUAACAUAGAUCCAUUAGUACUGCCCUAUUUUAAAAUAAAAAAUGAAAUUCACGUCGUCAGUGGAAUUGUUUUUAUGAACAACAGAAUUGUUAUACCAAAGUCAAUGCGUUCAGAAAUUUUGAAUCUUAUACAUGAAGGACAUAUGGGCUCUAAAAAAUGUAUCAGUCUGGCUAAAUCAUUGGUAUAUUGGCCAAAUUUGAAUUCAGAUAUAAAGAACAUAGUCGAUAAUUGUGAAAUAUGUUUAAAGUAUAGAGUUUCAAACGUCAAAGAACCGUUGAUGUCCCAUGAAAUUUUCCCCUUGCCUUGGCACAAAAUCGGAAUUGAUCUUUUUGAAUUUCAAAAGAAAGUUUACAUGCUAGUUGUUGACUAUUACUCUAAAUAUAUUGAAAUCGCUCUUUUAAAUAGUGGUUUUGCUAGCAAAAAACUAAUUUUGGAACUUAAAUCUAUAUUGGCUCGGCACGGCAUUCCGAAAAUAGUGAUCGUUCAAAGCGAAUGGAGUUAUCAACAAUUGCUGAACAAUUUGCUGGAAGAGUCAUUUCCAAAUGACACCGAUCCAGAAAUUCCACAUGAGUGUGACGGAAAUGAAAGUUCAGGUUCUAACGCCCCAGAGUCGAUGUUACUACCAACAUCUUUGAACAAAAUAAGCGAUCUUAAUGAAGAAAUUUUUUAG